AUGCCACUGUUGCGUGCCCUCUCCGUUCCCCUCCCCAACUCUCUACCUCCUCUCCCCUCCCCCCCUCUACCCCCUCUACCCUCUCUUACCUCCAUAUCCAUCCUCCUUCACCCCGCUUACCAUCUCACCCCACUCCCCAUUACCUCCUCCCUGCCACGUCCUCACCCCCGUCCCUCUAUUACCUACCAUUCCCAUAUCCACCUCCCCUCCAUCUCAUUACCGAACUCAUACCCCGACCUCUCCCCCCCCUCUCCUCCCGCUCCCUCCACAAUUCCCUCUCUCCUUCUCUCCCCUCCCUCUCUGCUACACCCCUCGCUCUCUCCACCCCACUCUCUCCUCCUGCUCAAUCCAUACCCUCCUUCUCUUCCGCCCUCCCUCUCUUCUUACUUACCGGCUUCACUUUCUCACACCCACCGUACAGCACUUCCGCAACAUCCACCCCUACAAUCCCCCGCGCCUCCUCCCCACCUCUCCCCCCCUCAUACCUCUCCCUCCACCUCUCAUCCAUCACCCGGCGUCCUUAUUCCGCUUACCAAUCUUCUCUACCUGCACACGCUCUUACCUCUCGUAACCUACGCUCCUCACUGCUCCGUGAUCUCAUCCUCCUCUCCGCUUCCGCUUACCUCUCCUCCAUCACUCCGGUUUACCCCUUCCUCCUCCCAUUCCACCCUCAACCCCUCCGUGCUCUCUGACACUCACAUCCUACACCUCCGAGACCUCGCACAUGCCACCCAUCUGCCUCCCCAUCGCCCUCGCUGCUCUCGCUAUACCCUCUCUCUGCCCUCCCCUCCCUUCCCUACUCACCCUCUCCCCUUACCUCUUACCACAAUCCUCCCUACUACCCUUCGCUUGCUCAUCUUUACCCCCGCGUACCCUCCCCUCCUCCUCUCUUCCCCUAUCCGUCAUGACCACUUAACCCACUACCCUUCCUAUCACCCCCUCCCCCCCCUCCGCCUCAUUACCUCUCUUUACGCUCCCACCAUCCUUCUCUUACUGCGGUCCCAAUCUCCCGCUCCGUCGCCGUAUUCCAUGGCUCACUACGCCUCUCGUCGCAAAGGCCCCCCCCCUCCACCCUACCUCUCCUACAUCCCCUCCUACCCUCUCUCUUACCAACCCUACCAUCUACACCCCCAUAUCUUCCCUCUUCCUACCCCCACCUGCUCCCGGUCUCAUCUCCUCCCCUACACUCCUCUCACCCGCUCGUGCUUACUGCUGGCUCUUACACCUCCCCUCCCCUUCUACGUCGUCCCGCUCCCCCCUCCACUCCCUCUUAUUCUCCCCGCUCUACUCCACUCACCUUUCUCCUCCGCCUUUCUACGAGCCUCCGCCUGCUCCCCGUUACCCCGCUCUCCCAACUGUCUCUCCAUACCUAGCCCCACCCCCCCACCGUUACCAAGCAGUACACCCCUCCACCUAUCUACCCCUUAUACCCUCUCACCAUACCCCCCUCGUCCCCUACCCCAAUCCUCUGCCCAACUCGUCCGCGUUACCCUGCCUCAACCGACCGAUGCCCUCGCUUACACACACCCUUCCUCUCCCGCUUCUCCUGCACUGAACCGCCCCAGGCCUCCUCACACGCUCUCUUCCCCCCUAUCGCUCGCGUUGCUAUACCCGCCACGCCCCGCCUCCAACCCUCCUAUUACCCAGCCGUACCCCUCAAUCGCUAACCUCCUAAACCCGUCUCCGCCCUCUCCCUCCCGACAUCUCACUCCCUUCGUCCUUCUACUCGAUCUCCUACAACUCCCGCAUUACCUCCAGACCUCGCCACCCCCGUUCCGCCCCCGCCUUACCUCCAUCCCCACUCACUGCACUCUCAAUCCUCGAUCCACCUCCUCCCAUCUUCCUCCUACUCACCCCCACCGUCCUCCGCUACCGGCACUACCCCUCCAAACCUACCUACCCCCUCCCCACACCUCACUUCCACCCCUCUCGUUCCGACACCCCUCCCUGCCCCUCGCUACCGACCCCUACUCAGCCGCCCUCUCCCCACCCGUCCCCUCUCGUUCUACCUCUCCCCUAUACUCUCUUACACAUCCUCUAUCCCCACCUCCUUCUCCCCUUACCGCUGCGCCAUUCUACCCCAGCCGCCCCCCUCCUCACUCGCCAUCCGCCUACCCUCGCCUAACCCCCCCUGCCUCCUCCUCACACGCCCCGCCUACUCGUCUACCCAUACUCCACAUCCUCCUCCUGCGCCUUCUGUAG